AAAGGUCAGCGGUGGCGGAGUACAGACGACACAAUAUCAUUAAGAUAUACCCACCAAUAUCACAAACGUCAUUACGUCGAUUUUGUGAUUGUGAGAGAAGUGACUGAUUUAUGUUUAAAUUUUACAAUUGAUUUCUCCGACUGCUUUCUCAAGAUUUUAAGGUCAAUCCCGUUGCUACAAGGACCAAAACUCAAAAGUCAAAGGAAGUCCAAAUUGCUUAGCCAUUGCGAGGGGAAAAUUAUUGUUUGUAUACAAAAUCCUUGUGGUACGAAACAAAAUAUCAAAAGGCAUAGCAUAAUCAGGCAAAAUAUAACUUAUAUUGUUUUAAAAAGUAUGUGCCUUAGUUGAGUAAUAUGGACGAAUUUGCGCGCAAUUGCUAAUUUUAAUAAAAGUUGAUUGUUUGUUGUUGUUCUAAUUUUUGUACAAUAUGGUUUGCGACGGGCCUGAUCCUCCGGAGAACAACCCGCACGAGCUUGUUCCGCCUCCUAGGAAUGAAUUGAUAAUGAACGGUAAUCAAGGCGAUGAUAGUGAUGAAGACCAUGAAUAUUUUGGGUACGAACCUCUGGCACAAGGCCCGGAGUUAGCUCUUUCAGAUCACGACAGUGAAGAUGAUACUGAGAAUCCUGAAACACCCCCAGGGGAUGUGCCAAACAUAGAGACAAUGGAUAACAUAUUAACGAGAGAAGUUUGGAACACACCUCGGCAUACAGAUGCUAUACAGAUGGAUAAUGAGAGAGCACAACAGGUGAUGAGGGCAAUGGAGAAUUUUGCUUUACCCCAGGGUUCUAUACCAGAAUGGGCUCAAAGCAUUUCAGAAGAACAAUGGAAACAAACACUUAACGAAAGAAUUGAAAAAAUAAAAAGCAAUAGAUAAAAUAGUAAUAUAGUUUAAUGAUAAGAAAACAUUAACAAAAUGUUAUAUAUACUUUAAAAAUCUUAUACAACCUGUCUAUCAUACAAAGUCAGUAUAUUAAAGCUUAUAUUGUUGCAUUAAUAGAAUUCAAUUUGAGUGGCAUUUGGUGUAAAAUUGUUAUUAUUAAAUCAAUACUUAGUAUUUUGAAAGAAACAGUUAAAAUAAUGUUAUUCACUAGUUUGUACAGUUGAAUGUACAUCAGUGGCAGCAACCUUAUUGCUAAGUGGUAAGGUUCAUUGUUCUUUGUUAAUUUACUUAGUUUCUAAGCAGAAAAACAUAUUGGACAUUUUGUAGCCACUGUUGUGCAAUCCAAAGUCUUACAUUAACCUUAUUAAAUAAGUUUAUGCUAUUGUUACUGUUGGAUCAAAUAUAACAGCACUAAAGGUCACCAA